UCCAACACCACCCGCUGUCUGCAUCACGAUGGCCGAAGCCACUAUUCCGACCGAAGAGCUUGAAUAUGCCGGCUCAAUGCUGGAACAUCACGAGAUUGUUGACGCAUCCCAGCCCGGUCUGUUGGAGCUGAUGGGAGUUUCACAGGCCGGAACACCGACGGCUAGUGGAAAAGGCGAACUCGACUAUCAACCCCUGUCCAGCUUAUCGAUGGGACUCAAAGAACUGCACCAGCUGUCCACGGUUAACAAAAUGCCGAUACCGCCCGAGAUUAUGGAACACUUUAACCAUGUGCAGAGUCACUGCAUGAUGGGACUGUUUGCCGAGAUUGGCCGAGCGUGGCUAACGAUCGAUACAGAAAUCUACAUCUGGACCUACGAGAAUGCUCGCGACGUAGCCUACUUUGACGGGUUGGACAAAGUGAUUAUCAGCGUGGGGUUGGUGACCCCACGCCCAGGUGUAUUUAAGCCCGAAGUGAAGUACCUUCUCGUACUGACCACACCGUACGAGAUCGUGGUGCUGGGUGUUAUGUUCAACGAGAUUAUAACCGGCACACCGAACCGAACGGGCUCCGGCCGCACGGUGAACGUGGGCGAAGAGAUGCAGCUGAUGAGCUCACCGAUCUUUGUGCUCAGCACCGACAAUGUGGGCAUCAUGUGCGUACACGGUACCGACGAUGGGCGCAUCUUUCUCGGUGGCUGCGAUGGGUGCCUCUACGAGAUUUGUUACCAGGCGGAAUCGAACUGGUUCAAAAAGCAGUGCCGCAAAGUGAACCACUCGCAGGGUCUCAUCUCGAACCUGGUGCCGGGAAUAUUCAAGUUCUUCUCCGACAAGGAUUCGGUGGACAAGAUCGCGAUCGACAAUUCACGUCACCUGCUGUACGUGUUGAUGACGAAAGGCACGAUCGAAGCGUGGGAUAUCGGACCGGAGGCGGGCGGCGGCGUGAGGCGUUUGGCACGGCUCACGUUCAAAGACAUCAUCACCAGUGCGCAGAUGGUUUUGCGCUCCGACGACUCGUCCAUCUAUGAACCGAUCACGGCCAUCUGUGCGCUCACCGUGACCGACUCGUCCUGUUUGCACUUGGUGGCCGUCUCCAAAAACGGCAUCCGAUUCUACUUCUCCACUGUGUCGCUGUACAACCAGGCGUCCUACAUGCGGCAACAGCAGCUGUCUUACCAACAGAGACAGCACCAGCAACAAAUGCAACAACUGCAACAACUACAGCAGCUACAGCAACCACAACAGCCACACCAACACGACCUGGCACCGAUGCCGCCGGUUAACUAUUUCGAUCACGAACCGAGCGAUCGUCCGCAGGGCUUGUAUCUGAUGCACGUGCGACUUCCGCAGACAGUGGGCGCCAGUGUGCGACCCAACGCGGCAAAAAAAUCGGUGCACGCGGCACACUCCAUCGGUGGGGCACUGUUCAUGGUAACCUCCCCGCAGCAGGAUCAGGAUGCUCUGUGGAUGGUCAAUUCGGAACCGUUCCAAACGCAAGCCCAUUUCAUCGAAUCGGAAUCUACGCUUCCACUCGACGGACAAGUGCUGGCGAUCGCCAACGUAAAGCAACACGACCGCGUUUCAAUCGAAACGCCCCUCCGAAUGGCGCAGAUUCCCCGGAAGGUGGCACUACUGACGAACCAGGGCGUGCACACUGUGUCCGUGUUACGUGCGGUCGAUAUCUUGCAGCAGCUGCUGCUCACCUGUCGUGGGCCACACAACGACGCCGUGAAGGCAUACUUUGAGAUACAAACCGAAGCGGAAGCGUGCGCUUCGGCCGUCCUACUCGCUUGCCUCGAAUCGUUCCGUGGCACCGAGUUGGGCGACUGGGCCACGCAGGCGUUUGUGCUGUACGGUGGCGAACCGUACUAUGAAACCUAUCAUUCUGGAAGCGGUGCCAUUGCCGGCGGCCCCAGUGGCGGUGGAAUGGUGGGUCCAGCAAUUACCCAGAGACCGCUCGCAUUCGGGUCGUCGACUGGCGGCGCAGGCUAUGGGAUGGACCCACUGGCCACACCGCAAUCGGCAAUGGUCGGAGGGCGAAUGUACAUGUCCACACCGUACACAUCCGGCUUUGUUCCUACUUCGGUGAACACGAGCUUCAACAACAACAACCUACUGCCGACGGAUGCGCCCACCUUGCGCUACUCGGCCAAACACGCCGGCCUGUAUCUUCACGUUUGUCGCGUGCUGCGCUGCGUAUGGCGCCGCAAGUGCACCGACGAGCGACUUCACUCGACGAUCGCGCUGCUCGAUUUGGGUGUGGUGUUGGAAGACCUGUUCGCCAUCCGAAGUUUCUUCGAGUCGGUAGGCACGAUCCGGGGUGCGUUGGCUGGGUUCACAGGAGGUCGUAACACUCUGGCGUCGUCCACCGUCAUCGGACACGGACCACACAGCAACCAAGCGGCGGGUUUGUUACUGCAAUCACCGGCUCUUGGGAGCGCCGGUGGGUAUGGCGGCGGCUUAGUGAUGCCCCAACCGUACGGUGGCACAGGGGCCGGACCGGUUGUGCAACAACAUACUACAGAGGAGGCGUCGCGGGAAGAGAAGCGAUCGUUGGAUGCGCUGGCACGGUUGAUAAAGCAAGCGUGCGAAGUGAUCGGCCUGUGGAAGGUGAUUUGCGAGCACCAGUGCCAUCUGUUGUUGGGCCAGCUGCUGCCGGAGCAGCAGGCCGCUAUUAAGGCUUGCACCUUCCGUGAUCUGAUCGUGGCACGGCCCGGCGUUUGCGGGCUGCUGAUCGUCACGCUGAUCAACUCGUACCUAGCCGACAGCGCCAGCAUCGGUUCCAUCUCGUCCAAGUUGCGCGAAGUCUGCCCGACUCUGUACCGCCACGAGGAUGCCGUUUCGCACAAGGCCACGGAAGUGUUGCUCCAGACACGCGAUUGGACCGACCGGGAGCGCAAAGAGGAACGUCUCCAGAUGGCGCUGCAGUUGUGCAAAAGUGCGGCUCCCAACCUGCCGCUGGACACGCUCUGCCAGAAGUUUACGGCGGCCGGGUUCUACACCGGUGUCAUCGAGCUGUGCUCGGUUUGUGCGGCAAAAAAGGACCCCAACGAGACGGCGCUGCACUUUUACCAGAACGACAAUCCGGAAGGUUUCGUGGCUUACCAGAACCGCAUGCAAUGCUACAACGAGGUAAAGCGGAUGCUUGAUGUGGUGUACGAAACGAACGAAGCCGGACCAGCUAGUGGAACCGAGGCUACGAGGUAUCCCGAGCCACACCAGGGCGCGGAAGACACUCGCGCACUGGCCGGGGGCGGCACCAAGUUCCAAACGGUUCUCGCCAUCAUUACGCAGGCGUUACAAAAUACCGAUCAACUGCUGCACGUUGCAAUCUACGAGUGGCUGCUGGCGCAGAAGCUUCACUCGGAGCUGCUCGAGAUUGCGGAACCGUCGCUCGGCGUGUUUCUGAGCCGGUCGAUGGCGCACGCACCCGACAGUCUGCUGCUGGCGGAUCUGCUGUGGAAGUAUCACGAGCGCAACGGACAACACACCCAGGCCGCUCAGAUCCUCGAUAAGCUCGCCCACUUCCAGGGUGGCGACGGACUCGACCUCGGCAAGCGCAUCGAGUAUCUGGCCCGGGCCGUGAUGUGCAUGCGCAGCGAAGCGGUCGGCUUCUCGGCCCACAACGGGGUCCUGCUGAAGGAACUCGAGGACAAGCUGGAGGUCGCACAAAUCCAACGACAGGUGAGCGACGCACUCACGAUGCUGCUGGCCCGAGCCUCGGACCCGGCCGUGGGAAGCGUUCGGGACGCCUUGCAGCAGCUCAACGGCUCGCUGUUCAACCUUACGCAGCUGUACUCGGAGUUUGCCGAACCGUACGACCUGUGGGAGUGUAAGUUGAAAAUUUUAAACUGCUCGCACCACAACGAUCCCCUGCUGAUCGAGUCCGUCUGGUCGCACAUCCUCGAUCGCGAGCUAGAGGUGCGGGACGGAGCAGCCGAACGCUGCCGACGGAUGCUGGCGAAGGUAAAAAGUCUGGCCCUCGAGUAUGACAGUGCCGGUCACUGCUUUCCGCUGGCCUUCAUCGUCCGCGAACUCGAAGUGCGCUGCUUCCGGUCGGGACUUUUCAAUUCGCCCGUUCCGGAGGCGCUGUUCGAGAUGAACCUCGACGUCGACGAUCUACUCAACAUCUACUCCAGACUGGUGUCGAUGAAUGAACGCAUCUGGGUGACGGAGGACGACGAACUUUACCUCAUCCGAUCGACGGCUGCACUUCUCGCGCUGAUAGUCGCACAACCGAAGCAGAUACCGCUGAAGGAGCGACGCAAGGUGAUGGCCAAAUCGCAGGACCUCAUCUCGGCCGCUCUCAACAUCCUCUACACGAAGCCGGACACGCAGGCACUGAUCGAGUUACUGCGCGACACGCAAACGAAGUUGCAACGCGUCGUUUGAAGCACUGCCGCCACGGCCGGUCCAGUGGCCACCUGCACUGCCAACACUUGUUAAAAAAACAGGAAAAAUCGAG